AUGUCUUCUACGAGUAGCAGUCGUCUUUGUAGCUGCUUCCGUUCGAUGUGGGCUUCAACAGUGCAGUUUAUUGUGUCACAGGAUGAGAGUGUUAGGCGGAGACGACGCUUGUUGUUGGGGGUUGUUGUUUUACUGCUGGUGGACGUUCUUUGGGUCGGCUCGUCAGAACUGACAGAUGUGAGAACAAAUUUACUACUAAUUAUCAAUAAUUUGUUACUAGAUAGCGUACGAAAAUUACCACCAAAUAUUUAAAAGCAAGCCUUUUCAUCAGAACAUUGCAAUAAAAAUUAAUAAAUGUAAUUAUCAUCUGAUAUUCUUGGUUUGCAACCAUAUCAUCUGGCAAGGUUGCUAUUUUGGUGAUCAAUACAAAAUACACAUAUUUUUUUACACAGAAUUUGUAGAGAACAGAGUUUAAAGUUUCUAGUGGAGAGAAAUGCUCUCGUUAUUGACUACCAAAAUGUUUACCAUGAUGUCACUGCAUGUAAACCAGCUGAUGUGGUUGCUUUUAAGGGGUGGACCAUUAAUUAGAAAAGUUAUGGAAGGGGUGGGGAAGUUUUUGAGCUGCAUGAAUGUUUGUUAAUGUCCAUUAUUUCUUUAGUUAUUGUUCCCUUGUAUUAAUUUUGUGUGUGUGUGUGUGUGUGCUUGUCCCUCCCCCUCCCCACUUCCUCCCAUAGCUUUUCUAAUGGUUUGCCUAAUAAAUAGAAUGGCAAGAAACUGGUGGGACUGUGCAAAUAACUGAUAAAUAAUGCAUUUCCCAUUAUUUAUUGAGUCAGUUGGGGUUAGAUUAUGUCUUCAAUGCAGCAUACCAACCACAUAACCUCUCUACCUUUCCAAAAACAAAUCUAACCCCUCUGCAGUGGCGAAUCCAGGGGAAUUGCUUUCCACUAGAUAGUAAAUAGUUACCAUUGCUGGCAUCGCAGGGUUGUGUAAAUAAGAAGUGGAAUGUGUAAGUUAGAGAUUCUUUCACUCUGUCAUAUCUGUCAAAAAUCCAUGUUGCCCAGAUCUCCAGUAAGUCCAUAAUGAUUACAAUCUUGUUUACCAUAGUUAUUCGGUUAUAAGGCGCACGGUUUUUUCAAGAAAAAUCUGUCGUUGGGUGGCAAGUUAGUGCUAAAAUUGGGGUGCGUCUUAUAGCCAAGUAUUUUCACGUAACAAAAUCUUAAGAUCACAAUUUGAGAAGAACUUACAGUUUAAAAAACACAAGAAAAAGACACUUGUUGUUGAUCAUUGACUUUUAUAGAUUUGGUAGUUCUGAAAAGAACCGGGGUGGCGCUGAAAAGAGCCGUUGUAUGUCUUAAUCAACAUUCUCACUGCUUUUUAUGGUUUACACAAAGUUAUGAAUUUAGUUUUCUGUUAUACUUACAUCUAUUUUGACCAAAACCUUUUUCUUUGCAGUUUAUUUUCAAAUAUGAAGGAUUUGACAAGCCUUUUUUCACUACAUUUUUCAAGACAUCAUCAUUUAUGAUAUAUUUGACUGGAUUUCUUUUUUAUGAGCCGUGGAGGCUUCAAUGCAUUGCAUGCUUAAAGAAUGAAACAUCCUCAAAUGUAAGUGACAAGAAAGAACAUUAUGAUCUUUAUGCAGAUCCUUAGAUUAUUAUUUGCCAUUUGCACAGCUCCCAUAAAACACCUUGUUUAUCCCCCAAUUUUUGAAAUUUUUGUAAUUUUUCCAAUUUCUUGUGAGAUGACUGUAAUACCCAGGUGGAAAUUGAAACAAAGGGUAUGCAUUUGGGGGGGGGGAGGUGGGGGGACCAAAUAAGGUUUAUUUCGUGUGAUGUGCAAAUUGACAAAUUAAAUUUCCAAAAUAUUUUUUUUUAUAUUUAGGGGGGUCAGCAUAUUAAAGUUCACAUGCAAUAUAGAGAAUCUGUCAGUUGAUUCAAGGUCACUCAGGGCUUUCUAUUGGGAUCUCUUAAUUUUUUUCACUUGAAAAUGCAGCUGAUUCCUUAUCUUGAAUUACCUCCUGUUUUGUUAAACUCUCUAUUAUAAAAUCUAAAACCAUCUUCUUUUUCUCAGUCCAAAUCUGUAAUCUUACCCUAAAAUUUUUAAAGCUCCCCCAAAUAAAAAGCAAUUUUCCUUUCCCAGGGGUUACAAAACUGGGUGAAUUACUGUAGCAUUUUGUCUGGAAAUUUUUUUUUCAGAUCUUGGUAUCUGCUGUAAAUCAAGACAGUGAACAUACAUCUCUUUUAAACUCACCUUCAUCCCCAGGGGAAACUACCCCAAUCCGAAGACCACUGAUGGUGAGUGAGCAUCUUUUUAAACUUCCAAAGGAACCCACAGUUAAAAUUCAACAAAUUUCAUAAAUUUCAUUUUAUAAAAUGUUGAAAUAGAGAGGUUUCACUUAUAUGGUGACCGUCAGUUUAUAAAAUUUUGUGCAAAGACUGGAAAUUAUAACUACCAUAUAUUAAUAACGUAAAAGAUUAAAUAUAAUAAAUGACUCGUUACCCCCUAGUGAUACCUCCUACUUGUCGCCUGUUUUAGAAACAUCUCUUGACACUCUCCCAGUAAACAGUGUUGAAAUAUUGAGCUAAAACAAAUUAGUGAAAACUAUCGAUUUCAUCUUAGUAACACAAUGGUUUAACUCUGUUUGCCUUCGACCUGCAGUUUUCAUUACUGUCUUUUGUUAAUAAUCAGAAUGAGCCAACUUUUGAAGAAAUGACAGAUGAAGACAUUUCAACCAGCCGAUCAGCUGAAGUAACUAGUAGCAGGGGCACCCAACGGCAAUUUUCGGGAAAAUAUCUGUUCGGAAGACGAUUUGAGAACUAGAAUUUUCGGAACAUUUGUUGUAAAAUUUCUUGCUUGCCUGACUCUCCUAGGAUCUUCGAACAUCUACAAAAUGGUAUAAUUACCCAUUUUAAACGGAUAUUCACCCUAAAAAAGGCCAGCUAGAAUUUUCGGGAGCCUUUUCCUGGCUGAAAUUUUCGAGAAGGUAAGUAUUGAUCCCUAUAAUUUUCGGAUCACUAGAUUUUCAGCUAGGAAAUCCGAACAGAUGAAAAGUUUUUAGGGGAUAAAAAUAUGCCUAUAUCUACCGUUUAAAUACUAAAAUACGUUCAACAAUGCUAUGUUGAGUGGUUUUGAACUAUAUCCUCGUUGGGUGCCCCUGUAGUAGUUCCUUUGAAAUAAUUCCAAGUAAGUUAAAAACACAUGCCUUGGAGAGAGAUUUACCUCAUGCUUACUAAUAGUCUGGGUGCCCUGUGUGUCACAUCCAACAUUGUCAUUGCUUAAAUUUAAAGUGAAUUAAUUUAACUUUUAAUCACAUGCAUGGCAUACUAUCAACUUCAAAUACUUUGCAAAAUCAGGUAACAGAAUUAGGUAAUUUUAUAAGUGGUAAUCAAGUGAAAAAUAAUUAUUUUGAAUAUUGGUCACUUGCUUUAAUACACUCAUUAUCUUAACUAUAUAACAGGACCUAGGCGGGUGACAUUUAGCAGUGUGAGAGAAGUGCGGCAAUUAUCAGGUAAAUAUAUGUAAUUUGGUUUAUUAGGGAGCUUUUUUUGGACAGUAUUUACAGCUGAAUCAUGAAAAAUUUCUAUGUUUUGAAUGGAGCAAAUUUGCAUUUUUCAGACCAUUUUCUGAAUAGGCAAGGUUGACCAGACUUCCUUACCACUUGGGUGAAGAUCAGAAACUUCCUGUCCAUCAUGUUGCUAAGGUUGCCUUGCUAUUCUGCUUACUGGUGAGUUGUUAGGUUUUUUUUAAGUAGUUUGGGGGGUGGGGUAGGGUGUCUUUGUGAUGUGACGAAACCCUCUCUGCUGGGGAAGUUAACAAAUCAACAACAAGCCGCAGGCGAGUGGUUUCACUGCAAAGUUUUGAAUAUUUUGUUGUCAUUUCCAUGGUCCAUUACAGUGGAAAGUAUGAAAAAUUGUUGUUGAUUUGUUUUUUUACAAUAACAUUGACUGUUUUAACAUCCAUUUCCUUGGAAAUUUCUUGAAAAGUUACGCACACAAGACAGAGAGAAACAAAUUUUGCCACCAUCACGUCAUUUCCAUGGUCUGUACAUUUAUCAAACAAAGCUCUCCACCAAUCAGCGCACAAGAAAUCACUCAGUUAUUGUAAAAUGAAUAUUUCUCACAAUUAUGAUCACUAUUUGUAAAAACAUUUAGGGGUAAAAACUAGAGGUUGUGUCUCAGGUUGUUUCUUCAGUUCAAGUAGUUACGUGAGGAUUGGGAACCCUAGUACUUCAGUACAUUUUGCUAUGAAAUUUUUGAAUUAUUUUGGUCUCUUAAGGGGCAUGGUGAAGGGGGUGUGGGGUGGGGUCCAAAUGCAAAAUUUGGUCAGUAAUUGGCAAAAAAGUUUUGUACUUGCACUCACUUCGCACAGAAUGGUCAAUCGAAACACUUCAGGGGAGAGAAAUAUUUAGUUCAUGACUAUGUUUAACAUCUUGCACACACCUUCCCUUCUUGCAAUAUUUUUUUAACAUUUACUUCCUUUGGAGUUCCUUGCAUUCACCAUUGGAGACAAUGAUCAUUAGACAUUAAGGGAAAGUCAAAUUAAACACUUUAUUUUCUCUGCUGACUAGCUUCUCUUCCACAGUGGUUUUGUGCUAACUGCAGUUAUCAGGAAGCCAUUGCAAACACGUCACCAGUAGCAGUAAAUAUUUUGUCAUCCUCAUCAGGU